AUGAGCUACCUGGAUGAAGUUCCUUUCCGGACGGCCAGGAGCCUCGACGGGGCCUCAGAGGGAGAAAACACUUUGAUCACAGCCCCGGCCAUCGAGCUCCCCGACUGCGCCGACAUCCUCAUGAGCACCAUGGUGAUGGUCUCCAUCCCUGUGGACCAGCUGAGGAGGUCCACCACCCCACGCUGUCCCAGGAAACCCCCAGCCCUGGGUGUCUCUCUGGUCAGGGAUGUGUCGGUGCUCCCCACCGAGGCCAAGCAGUUGUGCUGGUGGUCCGGGCUGAUCCUUCUGGAGGCACGUGGUGGUGUUUUCCUCAAGGAGGCUGGUUUGGGUCCGCAGCUGACCAGUGGCAGGGAGCAGGCGGGGGCCGGGGCGGUGCGGCGCUGCGUCAGCCUCAGCGCUGCCGACGACGGCUACGGGCACGCCAAGGGCAGAGGUGCCUUGUCCGACACCGAGAGCGAGACCUGGUACUCGGAGGAGGACGGGUACUCGGAGGAUGAUGAGUACUCCUCGACCUCCUGGGAAGAGAACGACAAGGAUGAAAAGGCUUCCAGGAGGAGAAGCGUUGGCAGAGGUGUUGCUCUGCGUCCCAGCUUUUACCAGACCCGACCAAAGACAUCGCCCGGCUUGCUGGAGCCUCCGCCAGAGAACAACAGCAACAAGCCAGCCAGCCCGGACCUGAGCAAGCAGAGGAGAUCCAUGGUGAUAUUUAACAACAUGAAGAACGAGCUGGAAGCAGCCAGGAGGAAGCUGGCUGCUCUGGUGCAUCCUUUGAACAGAGCUGCCACGGAGAGCAGAGGGGUCCCGGUGCCACAGCCGCUGCCCCAGCGUCCCCGCACCAGCCGCAGCAUCAAGUAUGGGCCAGCGCCGGAUAUAUCCCAGCUGGGCACCUUGGUGCCAACCCCUCCAGCUGCACCGAUCCCUCCAAUCAAACAGCAUAAGCCCACGGUGCCGUCCCUCAGCCCCUACACCUGCCUCCCCCCUGCCUCCACGCCUGCGCGACCUCUCAGUUCCCACAGAUCCCAGCCGGAUUCGGCGGCUGACCUGCUCUCGGCGCUGAGCCAAGAGGAGCGAGACCUCAUCGAGCCCGUUAUAGCCUUGGGCUACCCCACCCGCAAAGCCAUCCUCACCCUCCAGAAGACCGGAAGGCAAAGCUUAAAUCAGUUCCUGAGCUACCUGGGUGCCUGUGACCGGCUGCUGAAGCAGGGCUACGAGGAAGGGCAGGUGGAGGAGGCCAUGGAAAUGUUCCAGUACUCGGAGAAAAAGGCAGCUGAAUUCUUGCGCUUGUUAGCUCAGUUUAACGAUAUGGGUUUCCAGCAAAAUGAAAUCAAAGAAGUUCUUUUGCUCUGUGGGAAUCAGAGGGAGAAGGCGCUGGAAGAGCUCGUGAUGAAAACUCAGUGA